AAUGCACACAAUACGCACGAAUUGUCACUGCUAUUGGCGUUCUCGACAAACGACUUGAGAAUGCUGUGCUCUCCCUCCUCAAUACCAUCACCAAAUGCAAUGACAUCUACUGCGACAUUGUUCUUCUUGAGUUUCUUGGCAAGCUUGAUCAUAUUCCUUUCAUCGGCGCCUUGACCUUCAAGUGGCGAAGCAGCAAAGACCACGAUCCGUUGUCGGAGAUUCUUGUUCUGCCUGUGCUUGAGUGCGAGCUGCGCGACGGCAAUAGCAGUUGGGAUAUCGGCCGCUCCGCCAAUCUUGGAAGACGCUGUGUGGAUUGCUUGGAGGAUCUGACCAACAUCCUUCGUAUAUGUUACGAGCACUUCUGGACUGCGGCGUAUGCACGAAUGCCAUCAGCUACGGCGAUUACCCUUUGCCCAAGCCCCUCAUCAUCGUUCAAGUCGUCCACCAGGUCAGUCUUCCCGCCAGCUCAUCGCUCUCCGCAGCUUCUUAAUCUUUUCCCAUCUUCUUUACUUUCUGUCUACGUAUAUCUUGCCAAAAUGGAGGAUGAGGUCGCAGCGCUCGUUAUCGACAAUGGUUCCGGCAUGUGCAAAGCUGGCUUUGCCGGUGAUGAUGCCCCCCGUGCUGUCUUUCCUUCGAUCGUAGGUCGUCCACGUCACCAAGGUGUCAUGGUGGGCAUGGGUCAGAAGGACUCCUACGUUGGUGAUGAGGCACAGUCAAAACGUGGUGUUUUGACACUCAAGUACCCCAUCGAACACGGUAUCGUUACUAACUGGGACGAUAUGGAGAAGAUUUGGCAUCACACUUUCUACAAUGAACUCCGUGUUGCGCCAGAGGAGCACCCCGUGCUCUUGACUGAAGCGCCUCUCAACCCCAAGGCCAACAGGGAAAAGAUGACCCAGAUCAUGUUCGAGACUUUCAACGCACCAGCAUUCUACGUUGCCAUCCAAGCCGUCCUUUCACUCUAUGCUUCCGGUCGUACCACCGGUAUCGUACUCGAUUCCGGUGAUGGUGUCACCCACACCGUCCCCAUCUAUGAGGGUUUCUCACUCCCUCACGCCAUUCUCCGUAUCGAUUUGGCUGGUCGUGAUCUCACAGAGUUCCUGAUCAAGAACCUCAUGGAGCGUGGCUAUCCCUUCCACACCACCGCCGAGCGUGAAAUCGUCCGUGAUAUCAAGGAGAAGCUGUGCUACGUCGCCCUCGACUUUGAGCAGGAGCUCCAAACUGCUGCGCACUCAUCUGCGCUCGAGAAGAGCUAUGAAUUGCCUGAUGGUCAGGUCAUCACCAUUGGUAACGAGCGAUUCCGUGCACCUGAGGCUCUUUUCCAGCCCGCCUUCCUUGGCCUUGAAGCCGCCGGUAUUCACGAGACAACCUACAACUCCAUCUACAAGUGCGAUCUUGAUAUUCGUCGCGAUCUCUACGGCAACAUCGUUCUGUCCGGUGGUACCACCAUGUUCCCCGGUAUUGCUGACCGUAUGCAGAAGGAGUUGACCGCUCUUGCACCCUCAAGCAUGAAGGUCAAGAUCGUCGCACCUCCCGAGCGAAAGUACUCUGUCUGGAUCGGUGGUUCCAUUCUCGCUUCGCUCUCCACUUUCCAGAACCUCUGGGUAUCCAAGCAAGAGUACGACGAGUCCGGUCCCGGCAUCGUUCACCGUAAGUGCUUCUAAGAAGUUGCAAACCAGUGGUCUUUUUGUUUUGCAUCGUCUUAGUAGAACCCUUCUUACCUUACGCUGUGGCACGGCUUGCUUCCUCGACAUCUUUUCACGCCUUUUUACGUCGUUAGCUAUAUCUCCCUCUGUUACACAUACAAUAUUCGUUUAAAGGUUCAGAAUAGUGGAAUUUCAAACUCUAAUGCGGCGUGAGUGAGUUAGUGGUGCGGCAUAAUCGAUUUUCAGGCCUGCAUUAGACCCACAAACCCCGUUCUACUAUGUAUCUAUUAUUCAUCAAGAAGUACUAGUAGCCUCUUUCCCGUUAGGAUUCCAAGGUCCAGCAUCGCUCAACGAACAACCACCCUCACAAACGCACUUGCCACCAAACUCCUUGGGCAAAUUCUCCGCGGGGAUCUGCUGCAAGAGCUUUUCCGCAUACGUGCUCCCAAUGAUAUCAAUUUUCGACACCGUCACCUCAUCCAACCAAGGCUUGAUGAACGACCAAAUGGUACUGAACCCCCAGGGCGCGUUGAUGAUAUAAAACUUGCCCAUACUUUCAGGGUACCGGUCUUGACCAAUCGCGGAUGCCUCCAUCACGUAGCCUUUGACUCUGUAAAAGGCGGUUAAAGAAACGUUUUUGAGGUCGAGGAUGGUGCAGGAGGUCUCGACGGGGUGACCUAUGGCUUUGGAACACGCGGGGAGACGUUCGAGUGUGUUCUUCUCGUACUCGUAGACGAGUCUUUGGAGUUGACGUUCGGGGGUGGUGAUCUUGUAUAGUUCGUUUACGUCCAGUAGGCCGAGACGUUCUAUGUAUACCGGUCUGCCGUCCUAUUAAGUCACGCGGAGGUGCAUGUGUUAGAGGUGUGGAUGAGACAUGAGCUGAUGUGAAGUGGAGUGUACCUUGUCCAUCUUGUGGUAGUAUUGUGGGUAGUACUUGUCGACCAGGGCUUUCUCCUUGAAGUCAAAGUUCCUAACAGUACGGAUUGUACAAUCAAUACUUUGCUCCAAUGUUUUCAUAAAAAGAGCCGUACUUCAUGAUCUCCUC